AGAGGGCGAAAGUACUUGAGCUUGCCUGCCGGAUCGUGGACAAGGCACCCUGGCGCUCUGACUCGCAGCGUUGGCGGCUUGUUUCGCCCUUUCGUGGCUGAAUGCGCGGCGCAUUCAAUCAAUUGAUGCAAGCAAUGAUGGUUAUGUUUUCAUUACUUGCGCUCACAUAGACGCCAACUUCAGAAGAAGUCUCUAGCAGACUGCUCCAAUAUAGGUCUAUAUCCCAGACGAGAUGCCGACCAUGUGGUUAUCAGACUCUCAAAAAAUCGGAGUCGCCUUUUGCUCCGGCGGCGGUUUCUUUCUAAUAGGCGGCGUCCUCCUCUUCUUUGACCGCGCAAUGCUUGCAAUGGGCAAUAUCCUCUUCCUCAUAGGCCUAACGAUCAUCAUCGGUCCACAAAAGACAGCCCUCUUCUUCGCGCGCAAGCAAAAAGCCAAAGGCACGGCGGCCUUCUUCGGAGGGCUGGCGCUUAUCCUGCUACGGUGGCCGCUAAUCGGGUUCCUGGUGGAGCUGUACGGCAUUAUGGUCUUAUUCGGCGACUUCCUCGGAACGAUUGCCGGGUUCGCGCGGAACGUGCCGGUGGUCGGGCCGUAUAUCGGUAUGGCGGUGGACAGGACUGGGUUGGGCGCGCGGAGGAACGCCGAGCUGCCUGUCUAAAACAGCCUUGCGUCACACAGUUGGGUAGGAUUCCCGGGAAAAGUAUUCAUUCAGUUCUGGAACGAGUCUCGACAAGAAUCGAGAAUCGACUGUAUAAUGUGGAGGGUUCAAUUUCCCCGCACGAAGACAACGCGCUCUAAUGACACCACCCUGUUUCGGGCAAC